AAUUUAACAACAGUUAAAAUGGAAUUUGUUAUAAGCAAAAGAGGUAAAAAGAUGUUGAUUUUUGAAUCAAAAUUUAAAUAUGUUUUUGGUUAUACGUCACAAACAAAUGUGACUCGGUGGAGAUGUUUUAUGAAAAAUUGUCCGGCCAUUAUUUUGGAAAAAGAAAAAGUAUUACUUGAAACAAAAGGUGAUCAUGGAGACAAUUAUUCAGUCAAAAAUAUAGAUCGUCAAAAAUUAACAACGACAUGUAAGCGGAAAGCUGUCGAAGAUAUUUGUCAAAGACCUAGAAAAAUUAUACUAGGUGAGAUUCAACUAUUAAACUUAUAUAACAUUAGUCCAAAUAAUUGGAACAUAUUUGGACCCUUCGGAAGUAUCAGAUUAAUAGUGCUAAUAAUAAUAUAAAAAAAAUUCCAAAGAACAAAAAAAUAUUAAACCGUUUAAAAACUACAGAAGACGCAAUUAAAAAAAAAA